GCUUCUGAAAAAUUAAAAAAAAGGAAAGGAAAAAAAUGUCAUCCUCUACCUCCUUCGCCGCCCCUCUUCCCCUCCUCCAUGGCCGCCUCCCUUCUCCCCUUUCCUCAAAGCUGCAACCUUUCCUCACUUCCCCCAGCAACCCUCCCCGAUUCCCGGUCUCCGCCUCCGUCCUAGCCUCCUCCCCGACGCCUCUCCGCGCCGCCGUUGCUCCCGGCGGCGAGCGGGACAACCGCGUGCAGGAGCUGAGGGUGCCCGGUUCUUGGCUGACGCCUGCAGGUGCAGCCCAGGAAUCUGAAUGGCUGAGGGAGACACUGCACAAGUGGCUCGACGACGAGUACUGCCCGGAGCCGGCCAACGUGGACAUCAGCAGCACCGCUGCACGGUCGUACCACGAGUCUCUGACGGCGGGGCAGUCUGACCUGGGAGAGAUCUUGCUGAAGAUGGCCGGUGACCUUGAGAAGCUGUCCUACCGAGAGAGCUUCCAUGGCCCCUUCUCGGCUGCCAAUGCUGCGGUACGUCUGAUCACGGAGAGGAUGGAGUUGUCACCUGAAGAUGGUCUGUGACCUGUUCCAUCGGAUUGGAUUGGUCCAUUGCGAUUGUUCAUGGGUAGGCAGGCUGUUAAGUUUCGAAAAAUGUUGUGAUUCUGAAACUGUAGGUACUUCUAAAGAACAUACUGAACUUAAAUGACGCUGUUGUUUGCUGGAAA